AUGUCAGCCUUGUCGAACCGCGGAGAAAUCACAAUCGGCAGCCCUGAGGCAGCCCAAGAUCUUUAUGGUUUGGGCGUGCGUGUCGGGUUCUAUCUACAAGGCCUGGGGAUGAUACUCUACAACUACGGGCCCGACGAGGUUGAGGACACCAAUAUCAUCACUAGCGAUGAUCAAAAGCCCAAAAACGAACAUGGCAAGGGUCUCAAAAUAGCUUCGGGCUCAAUCACGCUCGCUAUUCUUGCAUCGUGGUUCGGAUUCGCGGCGCAUGCCAGAUUCAGUGCCGCGGAAAGUAUCAUCAUACUGCUGAUGGUGAUCAGUCUGUCACUUACAGCCAAAUCGACACUAAUGAAUUCACGGACGAUUGUCGGGGAACUGAUAGGACUGAUGGCCCUCCUACUGACAGAACUAGGGGUAUGUGCGGCGCUAUUGUGGACGUUCGCGGUGUUGGUGAAAAGGCUGCCACUGUUGGGCACGAAAAACCUGGUGUUCUUUUUUGCACCGGUAAGGCUCGAUGGAUGGUUUAGGUAUCUUGCACUGGUGUACUGUGUGAUUGAUGCAGCCACAUCAUUGCGAUUUGCGUGGAGUAUCUUGCGGAUUACGGUUGUUGUGUGGGAGUGCUAUAUAGAUGGGAGGACGGGGGAGGGGGUUCAGAGGGCCAUUGAGCGGAUAGAGGAUAUCCUUGGAUGGGAAAAGGAUGGGAUGCGCCCAUAUAUCCAUGCCUUGAGAUGGAUAACUUGGAUUUUGGUGAUAUUGGCGGUGGAACUCACGCUGCACUGGAACCGCCUAUCACCUUUAAACGACCUCCUGGUCCCCGGCCAGCUGAUCCCGUUUGUCGCGGGGAUUGUGAUUCUGAUAGACAGUGGGUUCAUUGCCGGACGUGCACUGAUUCCACGCUGUCACAAGAUAAUAGGGUCGUGGAAACUGCGGAGUUUGCAGAAUUUGCAGUACUUUAUAAUACAUAGGGGAAUACGCUCAUUCAAGAGAUACAUGGGGAGCCUAACCCAUGGACUUAGGGGGUCCGGCCAGACGUAA